AUACUACACCACUCAUUAAUUUUCCAAACCAUGGUUUUGCAAGAAAGCAUUAAUGUUCCACACUUUGUACUAUUUCCAUUAAUAGCACAGGGUCACAUUAUUCCAAUGAUAGACAUUGCUAAACUGUUAGCACAACAUGGUGCCAUUGUUACCAUUUUCACUACACCUAAAAAUGCAUUACGUUUUUCUUCUGUUCUUUCUCGUGCUGUUUCUUCUGGUCUUCAAAUCCAUCUUGUAAAACUCAAUUUGCCUUCAAAACAAGCUGGAUUACCAGACGGUUGCGAGAAUUUCGACAUGGUUAAUAUUUCAAAAGACAUGAUGUAUAGUCUUUUUCAUGCAGUUGCCUUGCUCCAAAAACCAGCAGAGGAACUUUUUGAUAAAUUGUCCCCAAAACCAAAUUGCAUUAUCUCUGAUUUUUGCAUACCUUGGACUUCUCAAAUAGCUGAAAAACAUCAAAUUCCAAGGAUUUCAUUCCAUGGUUUCUCUUGCUUCUGUCUCCAUUUGAUGUUCAAGAUACGCUCUUCAAAGAUUCUUGAAAGUGUAAAUUCAGAUACUGAGUAUUUCACUAUUCCUGGCAUACCUGACAAAAUUCAAGUCAACAAAGAACAGUUACCAAUAAUGGACGAGAGUCUAAAGGAAACUGGUAUGAAAAUACAUGAAGCUGAAAUGAAAUCAUAUGGUGUAAUCGUAAACAGUUUUGAGGAAUUAGAGAAAGAAUAUGUUAAUGAUUACAAAAAGGUGAUUAAUGAUAAGGUUUGGUGUGUUGGUCCUGUUUCACUUUGCAACAUAGAUGGUUUAGAUAAGGCUGAAAGAGGUAACAUAUCCUCAAUAAGUGAAGAUAAUUGUUUAAAGUUUCUAGAUUCUUAUAAACCAAAAUCUGUUGUUUAUGUUUGUCUUGGAAGUUUAUGCAACUUAGUUUCUUCACAACUUAUUGAAUUGGCUUUGGGAUUAGAAGAAACAAAAAUUCCAUUUGUUUGGGUUAUUAGGGAUGGAAUUAAUAAAACUCAAGAGUUGGAAAAAUGGAUUAGUGAUGAACAUUUUGAGGAAAGGAAUAAAGGGAGAGGCCUUAUAAUUAGAGGGUGGGCCCCACAAAUGGUGAUAUUAUCUCAUCCUUCAAUUGGUGGAUUCUUAACACAUUGUGGUUGGAAUUCAACACUUGAAGGGAUAACUGUUGGUGUGCCAAUGGUAACUUGGCCAUUAUUUGCUGACCAGUUUUUGAAUGAGAAGCUUGUGACUCAAGUUUUGAGGAUAGGAGUGAGUCUUGGUGUUGAGGUUCCAUUGAAGUGGGGAGAGGAAGAGAAGAUGGGGGUUGCUGUGAAGAAGGAAGUUAUUAAGGAGGCAAUAUUCAAUGUAAUGGGUGAGAAAGAUCAAGAGAGUAAGGAGAGAAGGGAAAGAGCUAGUAUACUUAGUGAAACGGCAAAGAGAGCGGUUGAAAAAGGUGGAUCUUCUUAUGCUAAUAUUACUUUGCUUAUACAAGAUAUCAUGCAACUACAAUCAACCAUCAAAGUUGAAAUAUGAAGAGAAGAUGUGCAAUUUAAUUAUAACCAUGUUUGUCCUUUCUAUUAUGCAUAUUCUAACUAAAAAGCAUGAAGUUAUGUUAACUAGAUGCAUCCUAAAGUGUCUAAUCACAAGCUGCUCCUUGUGUGCAUCUUUUUUAUAAUUAAAUUGCUAAUCAAUAAAUUAUUCGAGCUUGCUUUACAAGCA